AUGAGUGUUGAUGACCAGAACAUUGUUUACCGCAUUGCGGUGCCGGGCGAGUGUGAGCGGAUUCGGGAAGCCCUGAUCUCAUUCUUCUACCCCGAGGAGCUUCUGAACGUGUCGUAUAUUGACGAAAAUGGCCACAGUCCGACCGGUCCGACCGAGCAGGAUAUCCAGUACGCUUUAUCGUUCGUGGCGCAGGGAAUGGCCGCGAUCGCGAUCGACUCCAAGCAUGGCAUCAUUGUUGGCGUUUCGAUUGCACGCCUUGUCGAUCUCAAAACAACAGAAGGGCUUCUGGAUUCCGUUGGUUCGCCCGGUGUGUCACGUAAGCGAGCUGAAAUGGUGAAACUGUUUGCCUACCUCGAACGCACCGGGGACGUUUGUGGGCGGUUCCGGACGCGCCGAGCCUACCACGUGUUUGUGCUGGCCGUUGAUCCACGGUUCAGGCGUCGAGCGAUCGGCCAGAAGCUGAUGGAGUUUCAGUUGGCGCGCGGAAAAACACUCCGGUUCCGGCUGGUCAGUGCAGACUUUAGCAACGAGCAGGCGUCACGCAUCGGAGCCCGGUUAGACAUGCGUUGCGUAGCGGCGCUGGCGUUGGACCAAUACCGGAAUUCGGCUGGGGAGCGUGUUUUCGAGGCACGAGGAGCGGAUAACAUUGUCUGCACGUACGCGCGCUACGUUUGA